AUGGAUGAGAGGUCCGAGUCGAGAGCGUCAGGAACGACAUACCACAGCUUCGACACGGAGUUAUUCGAGCCAGCUUCACCACCUCGUCCACCUGUAACAUACAACACUACCACCCUUCAACAACUUCAGAAUGACCUUCAACGUCAACAACAGCCCAUAGAUUGGGUGAGGGAACGUCGACCACCCAUGGCAAAAAUGCAGCGACAAGACUCAGGCUACGAGUCCAACACCCCACGCCGCACAUCAACCUCCAACACAUCCUCCACAAUCGGUCGAAGAUCCUCCGAUGGUUCGUCAAACGGCUCAGGCGUGAGAUCUCGCUUCCGCAAUCGUCCAUCUCUCCAUCGCUCAUCAAAGACUCAUCCUCGCACGAGCGCUCAAUCACUCCAUCUCGUGCGCACAAACACAGCAACCCAACAGAAACAAAACGGCACAUUCUUCCACUUCCCCUCGCCAGACCCCAUUCAACUCGCCGACAGCGUUCCCGAUCGUCGCGUGCAGCCCACGCCCAUCCCUUCACCACCGCCUCAGACAACACACUACUGGACAAGCGAUCGCACGCGCCGUCUAGAAUACGCAGCCAUCGAUGCUGCAACACGAGGUGUAAAAGGAUGGGUGUUGCGACAUUUGGUUCCUGAUUGUUUCGUGUCUCGCGAGAACAGGCAUGUUUCCUUCGACGACGAUUCAGGAAGUGUAAGACGGUAUCGUCUCGAUUUGGAGGAUGAUCAUAGCCAUGUUGCAGAGAAGAGCGUGGCGGGGAAUAAGAAGAAUAAGAACCGACGACGUAAAUGGCGAUUCUGGAAACGCCAAAAGGCCGAGGCUCAACCCGCGGCGUACAUUUGA